AUGCGCCGGAAGGUGGUUCCGGCGGCCACGGAGAACGGUGAUACCGGGGACAAGCAGGAUCAGCUCCUUCUUUCCGCCACCAUCUGCAACGGCGAGGACCUUGGUCCCUUUAUCCGCAAGGCUUUUGUCUCCGGCAAGCCGGAGAUCCUCCUCCGCCACCUCGAGCAAUUCCGUCGAUACAAGGAGUCGGAGAUUGAAGACGUCUGUCGCGCCCACUAUCAAGACUUUAUCAUGGCCGUUGAUGACCUCCGAUCUCUCCUGUCCGAUGUCGAUACUCUCAAGUCAUCCCUCUAUGACUCUAACGCCAAGCUCCAAUCCGUCGCUGUUCCUCUUUUGACUUCGCUUGAUUCGUUUUCCGCCCUCUAUGACUCUAACGCCAAGCUCCAAUCCGUCGCUGUUCCUCUUUUGACUGCGCUAGAUUCGUUUGUCGAAGCCAGAAGUAAAUGCAGAAACAUCGCUCUCGCUAUACGUUCACUUAACAUUUGUGUUCAGUUGAUGGAACUUUGCUCGCGAGCGAAUUUUCAUCUAAGCGAAGGCAACUUCUAUAUGGCCUUAAAGUGUUUGGACUCGAUCGAGAGGGAUUUUCUUGACAAAACACCAUCGUCCACUUUGAAGAGAAUGAUGGAGAAGCAGAUCCCGGCGAUCCGGACUCACAUAGAGAGGAAGGUCAGCAAAGAGUUUGGGGAUUGGCUGGUGGAGAUCCGAAUAGUGUGUCGGAAUUUGGGUCAGCUAGCCAUCGGUCAAGCCUCCGCUGCACGCCAGAGGGAAGAGGAGCUGAGAAUCAAGCAGCGCCAAGCCGAGGAGCAGAGCCGACUCAGCUCAAGAGACUGCGUAUAUGCGCUUGAAGAAGAUGAUGAUGGAAAUAGUGGAAUGGUAGAAUCCGGCGAGGAUGGCUUUGAUUUGACGCCGUUAUACAGGGCUUAUCAUAUACAUCAGACUCUUGGUUUCGAGGCUAGGUUCCAGAAGUAUUAUUUUGAAAACCGAAAGCUUCAAUUAACUUCAGAUUUUCAGGUAUCUUCAAUGACCCCCUUUCUGGAGUCUCAUCAGACUUUUUUUGCGCAAAUUGCUGGGUUUUUUAUAGUGGAGGACCGGGUUCUCAGGACCGGAGGAGGGUUAAUAUCGAAAAUGGAGGUGGAAAAUCUGUGGGACACUGCUGUGAGUAAAAUGUGUUCAGUGUUAGAGGACCAGUUUUCUAGGAUGUAUACUGCUAAUCAUUUGUUGUUGAUCAAGGAUUAUGUGAGUUUGCUUGGUGUCACUAUGCGUAGAUAUGGGUUCCCCAUUGAUGCUUUGCUUGAUGUAUUGAGCAAGCAUAGAGACAAGUAUCAUGAAUUGCUGUUGUCUGAUUGUCGUAAGCAGAUUGCUGAGGCACUUGCAGCUGAUAAGUUUGAGCAGAUGUAUAUGAAGAAGGAGUACGAGUAUUCAAUGAAUGUUCUUUCAUUUCAAUUACAGACGUCAAAUAUCAUGCCUGCAUUUCCAUUUGUGGCACCAUUUUCGUCUACAGUCCCCGACUGUUGUAGAAUUGUUCGAUCAUUUAUUGAGGAUUCCACUCAAGGACGUGAACUGAAAUCACUAAAAAUCUGGACAAACCUUCAGCAUUAUGACUUCCAAGUGGGUCUUCUUUCCCAAGGGGCAACAAGCCCACCACGGCGAGCUGAGUGGUGCAAGUCAAUGUCAAAGUGGGUUGAACUGCCCGUGCUUCAAUUAGGCAUAAGAAAUUGUGCUAUGAAGUAG